AUGAGAGUUGGGAACGUUCCCAUUUGUCUCGCGUACAUUCUGGCCGGCUGCUCAGUUGGAACUUCAUCAACUACUCUAUUGCGACGGCAAUGUCCCACCGCCGAACUACUCCUGAGCUCAAUACAGUCGUGUAUCGGAGAUGCCGAAGGCUCUGAGAUCUUUGAGCAGGUAGAGGGAUGUAUUCAACAGCAAAGACAGGUUGAGCCGUCCCAGAGCGAGACCCAGGAUGUCUGGAUAUCACAACAGACUGGCCUCGCCUACAACGGCACCACGCCGGCAUGCACCUCACAUUUCGAGCACCUCAACGACAUUCUCUGCGUCUAUGCCUACCCCGAAUUCCACAACAACCGCGGCAUAGCCAUAUUCACUACACCCACCCUCGCCAACGAAUUUAGGCAGCGAGUCGGUAUCAUCUCCGCCCAACUAAGCACUACUCCCCAAGCCCAUCUCAACGCCCUUUCCACCGACUACGCUGUCUCAGCCCUGGAAGGCCGCGGCUUCGGCGCCCUCGCCACCACCGACCUCUCAACAGGCACCCUCCUGACCACCACAACCCCCAUCCUCGUCGUGCACAACGCGCCCUCCACCCCCUCUUUCGACCGUGAAUCCUACCUCCGCCUCGCCAUCUCCCUCCUCCCACCCACCACGCAAUCCCACUUCCUCUCCCUCGCCCGCAUCUACCACGACCCGCGUGUAACCCACCAAGACAUCGUCAAAGCCAACGCCUUUGCCCUCGACAUCGGUGGCACCUCGCACCUCGCCCUCUUUCCCGAACCCAGCCGCUUCAACCACGACUGCGCCCCCAACGCCAUGUACCGCGUCGACAGCCUGAGUCUGCUGCACGAGGUGCACAUUGUCUCCGGUGGGAAAGUGGACGUAGGCCAGGAACUCACUAUCUCCUACCUUGACCCCUUCCUAAGCGUGCGCGAGCGCCACGACUACCUGCUGGAGGCGUUUGGCUUCGAGUGUCGCUGCCGGCGCUGCCUAGAGGGCGAGGAGGACGAUGCCGCCAUGGCAGAGAUCAAGCGCCUCGAGGGCCUGCUGGGUGAUUGGAGCGCGGCGUCCGCUGUGCAGUGGUUCGAAUACACCGACAUGGCGGAGCGGGUCAUUGAGCUGUACGAGCGUCGGGGCCUGCAGGGGUUCAUGAAUACGGCGUACGGGCAUGCGGCGCUGGCGUAUAAUGCUGUUGGGGAGAGCGGGCGGGCGACCAUGUAUGCGCGCAAAGCGUUGGAUGUGGCGCGGUGGAGGCAUGGACAGAGGGGGAGUCGAGCUGUGGAGGUCUGGGAGGAGUUUUUGGACAUGGGCGCGUGGAAGCACUGGAGCUGGAGGCGGAGGAUGCCGGAAUAG